UUUAUAUCUAACACAGGGCAGGGAGGGAGUUAGAAGAUUGCAUUAGCUAGCAACCUGAAAUUGUCAGUACAAAACUAAUGCAUGGUCAUAUGUUUAUAUUUGGAGCUCACAGAUUUGCCACGAAUGUCCAAUUGCAUUUGUAUUGGCCAAGAUUCCUUGUCUAAUUUUGACAGACCAUCCAGCUAGCAUUUGCAGUUUUGCACGCUACAACAGCUCUGUGGGUUAGCUAGGCAGUUAGCUAGUAUACCCUCGAUAAUUAAUAACUAAUCAAUAUGGCAAGUGUAGAGUCGUCGAUGGAAUUCACCAGUUCACUGACUGUCUCGUCUCAUCUUCCGCCACCACGGACACGGAUUUUCAAGAUCAUCGUGAUUGGGGACUCCGGGGUGGGCAAGACCUGCCUCACCUACCGAUUCUGUGCUGGCAAGUUUCCGGAGAAAACCGAGGCCACGAUCGGGGUGGACUUUCGGGAGAAACUUAUCGAGAUUGACGGCGAGACAAUCAAGGUCCAGCUAUGGGACACGGCGGGCCAGGAGCGUUUUCGUAAGAGCAUGGUGCAGCACUACUACCGCAACGUGCACGCAGUGGUGUUUGUGUACGACGUGACCAGCGCCGCCAGCUUCCGCAGCCUCCCGACCUGGAUCGAGGAGUGUAAGCAGCACGCCCUGGGCCAGGAGGUCCCGAGGAUCCUGGUGGGGAACAAAUGUGACCUGCAGAACUCUGUCCAGGUGGGCACGGACUUGGCCCAGCAGUUUGCCGACGCCCACUCCAUGCCACUGUUCGAGACGUCCGCCAAGAACCCCAGCAGUGACGGCAGCGGUGAUAGUAGCCGGGGGAGCAGCGAUCACGUGGAGGCCAUCUUCAUGACGGUGGCCCACAAGCUGAAGUCCCAGAAGCCUCUGAUACUGAGCCAGCUGCCCAGGGGGGUGUUAGGGGGGGACACAGUGACCCUGAGGAGGGGGAGGGACGAGGGCGAGGAGAAGGUGAGCUGGACCUGCAGCUGCUGAGAGAGGAGGGGUGAGAGAGAGAGCAUUGGGGGAAGCAAGAGAGGUAGGUUAGGGGAGAUAUAGGAAGGAAGGACUAUUAUCAUACAGUUGAAGUCGGAAGUUUACAUACACCUUAGCCAAAUACAUUUAAACUCAGUUUUUCACAAUUCCU